AUGGUCUCUACUAUCUUCGUUCUCGCCAUGCUGGCUGGCUCUGCUCUCUCGAGCUCGCUCACUUACACCGCGGGUGAAAAGACUGGUUGCAUCAACCUCUCCCAUCUCCAAGCUCUGAGCCAGACCUACGAGGCCAUGAGCCUCAACAGCACUGGGGCCAACGAUUUCGUCAUGCCUCGCAUCCCGGAGAGCUACCUCAACUCGCCCUCUGACUGCAUCCCCGAGUCGCUUUACGACAAGUUCUUUGAGCCCAUUGUUGCCAUCUCCAAGCAGGAAGACAUGCUGGCCAAUCUUGACGCCGUCCUCGCUCUGGAUGUGGUUGCGACUUCCACCGUCCCGUCCAUCCACCAGCGCGCCCGAAACUGCCCGCAGAUCAAGGAUGCCGCCAUUUCCAAGUCUCACUCCUUUAGCUGCAACAGCGCGCCCAACCCCAACGCUUGCCGCUCUUGCACCAACUACUCCUCCAUCAACUUUGUCGUUGCCUGCGUGGCCUGCGCCGCGAAGGCGAACCAGGAGUCUAUCUUUUGCUGCGCCGCCGCUGCUACCACUUUCGCCACCUACUAUUCUCAAGUUUGUCUGUCGAAGUAG